GCACAGUACCGUUACCUCGAUCACUCAGACAAGACUUCAGUGCACAUAUCUCUUUAGCCCAGUACAGAUACAUCAACAGUAUAUUAAUUAUCAAUCUGCUGAUACUGUAAGGACUCUCGUAUCAAUAUGUAAAUGUUCUAUGGCAGAUAUCCUAGCGUGUGAAAAAAAAAAAAAAGUGUUGAGUCUGAUCUAGGCCAAAAAGUCCUUGAUUAUGACAAAACUCUUUCCUAAGAUAAACAUUAACAGAGUUCCUUGAGAUACUGAAAUAACGUAGAAUGUCUGCGGAAACGCCGGAGCGCAAGACGGCUUCACAGACACUUACCGUUAGCAGUGCGGUCAACACGAGACCCUCCCGCGUUGCCCCACUCCAGCCUACCACUUUACCUUCCCUUCCCACUCAUAGCACUCAACGGAUAUCACCACUGCCACCUGCUACCAUCAAGGUCUGCACCAGGAGCAGCUCCUGGCUGGCUCAUAAUGAGACCCUUCAACACUCACCUGUACAACCUGCCUACUCAUGAGAGCAUACAGACCUGGGACCACCCAUCAAAGAAAGGAAGCUUGGUCUUCACCAGCAGCUGAGUAUUAGAAGAAUCUCAUCUGUGUGCUACCCUACUGGGCAAUCACCACAGAUGUUCUGGUGCUCUCUUAGGACAUGAAUGGUUGUGUAGCUUGUAGGCAGGAUGGUAUUGGUUCCUCACCAUGCCUGCAUUAUGCGUGCCUUCAGGAGGGUGUUUCCAUUUGCCUGUUGCUUUAUAUUCCUGAAUCUCUUCUUACACAAGAUACAGGAGGAGGUAAUGCUAAGAGAUGACAAAGGGAGAUCAUGGGUUGGGAAGAGGCAAGAGGCAGGUGAGAAGACUCCCUCUCAGCACUUCUCUGUAGAUUGGCUGAAGGAGAGGAGUACAGAAGCCUCCUCAUCAAAAUUCCCUCAGCCUAUUUCUGUGCUGCCAAGGAGUACAUUUUCAUCACAGGUUGCUGGAGCUAAGAAAUUCAGCAAUUACUCACAUAGUGCUCAGAAAGUCUUUCCACUUUGGAUGCACAUAACAGAUGACCUCUAUACUUACAGCGCCUUCUGGGAUGCUCGGCAAAACCUACCCAUGGGCCCCAUGGUAAGAAUUUUGGGCAUUCUUCGGUAUCAGAAAGAGCUGCUGCUCGAUAUUGCCAAGUAUAGGUGGUCUGGUGAAAUAAAGAAUGAUGCACUGAACUACUCUUGCUUCCUGUGGUAUACAGGACAAGAUACUGAAAAGGGUCAAUUGAAUGCCUUCAUUUAUGAAGAGGGAUUGAAAGUAUUUGUUGGAACAUACUUUUUUUGUUCACCAAAAAGGUCAGCAAGUAACUCAUCCAGUCUUAGACUUGGUGAAAACAGAGUGCCUUAUGCUGUGUCACUGGUACCACAUGGGGCCAGCAGUGCAUCUCAUAAAUUGAUUUACUUGACUCUAAACAGGAAAACAGAACUGGAUACAUUGAACCACACUGGGGUGUGUGUACGCCCUCUGUUUGGUCCCUAUACUGACCUAGCUGCUAUCACUCUAUUUAUAAGCUACUACAGCACUGUUCUCAGCAUUUCUCAUUUCUACUUCUAUGACUUUGCAAUCAGUGAAAAGGUAAAAGAACUUCUAAUGAUUCUGAUGGCAGAUGGGGAGGUCAGCAUCCACUUACUACCUUGGAACAUUCCCUUUGCUGAUUGGGAGUCACUGUGGGACCUAGGAUCUCUGACCUCUAUCAAUGAUUGUAUUUAUAGGACUUCAGGCAAACAUAAUUAUGUGGCUAUUGUGGACCUUGAUGAAUUUAUUGUGCCCCGGGCCCCUAUCACCAAUUUAGGGCAGUUAUACACAAGUGUAAUCAAACACAAGCAUGGAAAAAUGGGAGAUUCUGUCCUAAUACUUAAUGCAUUUUUCUGCUCAGAGUUUCAGAAGAAAAAUGAUACUAACAAAAGUAAUGAUUUUAGUGUAUUCACAGACACCUUUCGAGAAGCAAGGCUGUGGCCUCCAAAAACCCGUUCCAAGAUGGUAGUGGUGCCUGAGGCUGUGGUUGCAGUGGGUCACCACAUGGUGCACCACUUCCUAAAGCCUACUUCCAAGAACCAAGCAUCACCUAAAUUGUUUGCAGUGUUGCACCACUACAGAAACUGUGAUGGUCUGAGGAUGGGCAUAUAUGCCACAGGAUCAGAAGUGCUAAAUCAAAAACCUAUACAAGACAGUGCCGUUCUGAAAUACAAAAAAAGUGUACUUGCUUCAAGGACAAUGAGACAGUAUCUUCUCUUCAUAAAGGACACAUAGGUGAUGGCAGAGAGAAUGAAGAAGUCUUGUUGCAAAAAUAACUUUUCCUUAUAGAAACAUUUUCAUCUUUCUGAAUUGUGUUGGGGCUAUUGAGUCCAGGGAUUGAACCCAGGACCUUUACUUGAUAGAUGGCUGUGCUGCAUGUUACACAGCAGUACCCUCUGAUGACAACUAACUCAGAUAUAUUCUCUUACUUUUAGCAGAGCUAUGUUUUGUUGCAUGCUCAGAUAUUUAUUGAAUAAUACAUAUAAUAAUUAGCUCCCUAAAUAUCUCAAUAUAUUUUCGUCAUUAUUCAUGGAAAAUUUAUGGAAUUAAUUAAUAACCGCAACUAACAGAUAUAUUCUCUCAUCUUUUGUAAAGCAAUAUUUUGUUGUAUGCUCAAAUAUUUAUUGAAUAAUACAUAUAAUAAUUAGCUCCCUGAAUAUCUCAAUAUAUUUUCAAGUCAUUAUUCAUGAAAAAUUUAUUGAAUUAAUUAAUAACCAUUAUCCAUACCUUAAUUUCUAUAUGAAGUACACACUAGGGUUCUCCUUUUUUUUUAUUGCCCUAAAUAUCUUGAAAUUCCUGGACAAAAGUCAGAUUAAAAAAAGUUUACCUAAUGUUUACAUGUGAAUAAAAUGUGUUAUAACUGAUGCUACACACUCCUCACACAUUGUGUUAUCUUUGUGUUAUUAGAAACCAUCUUGGUGAACAUUGUAUCAGACGACUUUAAACUCAUGUAAUCAAUGCACUACACUGUGGAUUACAGUAUUACAUGAUUUUAUUAAAUAAAUUAUAAUUAACUAAA